AUGGCAUCACCAUUCACGACCAAGAUCGUGCCCAAGGACGUCGAAGAUGCAUACCCAUGUACUCCGUUCCAGGAAGGCCUCAUGGCCAUUACCCAGGCGAUUCCAGGGACCUAUGUGAUGAAGCACACUUACACUUUACCGGAGGAUAUCGACAUCGACAAGUUCAAGGAGGCGUGGCAGGCCACUGUCAAGGCUUGCCCGCCGCUGAGGACUCGCAUAGUCUUCAAUGGCAGUAAAGGAACACUCCAGGUGGUGAUGAAGGAUGAGAUGCACUGGCGAACGGCCUCCAGCCUGGACGAGGCUAAUGCCGCCGAAGGCGCGCUCAAGAUGUCGUAUAGCACGCCGCUAUCAACAUUCUGCUUGAUUCUCGAACCUGGACGCGCUCCAACUUUUGUGUGGACUGCGCAUCACGCCAUUUACGAUGGAUGGACCGUCGGCUUGGUCGUGAGCUAUGCGCAAAUGGUCUACGAGGGAAAAUCGACACCGAAAUUGCUGCCCUACAAUCGAUUCGUGCGCUGGGCUCGAGGACUGAACGAAGAGAAACAUCGGGAGUUUUGGAGGAGCCAGCUGACUGGGAAUCCGCUGCAAUCGUUUCCGCCUCUGCCGUAUGACGGAUAUCGCCCUCUAGCAAACGAACGGAUUGGACACAGCUUUCCCCAUGCCUUUGAGAGACGCAGUCAGUACGAGAUGCCCAUGGUUCUAAGACUCGCAUGGGCGAUUGUCACCUGUCGCUAUACCAGUUCAGCUUCUGCGCUCUUCGGUACAAUCUCCAGUGGGAGAAGCUGCCCCGUGGAAGGAAUCGAUCAUAUGCCCGGCCCGACGAUUGCGACUUUCCCAAUCCAUCUUGCAGUGAACAAAGACAGUACCGUGGCAUCGGCUGUUGAGGCGGUGCGCGCUCAGGCAGAUGAGCUUGAGCUGUAUCAACAUUACGGAUUGCAGAAGAUUGCGGCAUUGGGCGACGACGAAAAGGCAGCUUGCGGUUUCACCACUCUCUUCGUGACGCAGCCUGCACGGACGAAUAGCAAUGGGUCCGAAGGGAAGGCAUUCUUCACGCCUGUAAUAAAACCCGAGAAAAGCUUCCACUCCUACCCGCUGGUAUUGGAAUGCUCACCCACCGAGACCAUGGUCGAUCUGGAUGCGCAGUACGAUGACACUGUGCUGUCAGAAUGGGAGGUGCAACGUUUGAUGGCGCAAUUCGCACAUGUCAGUCAGCAACUGGCCCGCGCCACGCCUGAUACACUCAUAAGCGAUAUCAAGAUAACUAGCCCCCAAGACGAAGCAUUGGUGGCAAGGUGGAAUGCAUCACCAUCGUCCCCUCAGGAAACCUGCGUCCACGAUAUGAUUCAGCUACAGGCACAAGAACGGCCUGGAGCCGCAGCAGUGUCUGCCUGGGACGCUGAAUUCACACACAAAGAUCUAGACUUGCUAUCUGAUCGCCUGGCUACCCACUUAACCGGCCUAGGCGUUCAGCGUGGAGAUAUGGUACCCUUGUGCUUUGAGAGGUCAGCUUGGUCUGUUGUCGCGAUGCUUGGUGUUCUCAAGGCUGGCGCGGCAUUCGUCCCCUUAGACUCAGAGAUACCAGCGGGCAGACUGCAGCAAGUAGCUCAGGCGGCAGGCGCAACAUUCGCAUUAGGGAGCCGAAAUAAAUGCGAUAGCCUCUCCCAGUCUGUUAAAUCGGUUAUCGAGGUCUCUGCUGCGUCUCCCAAGGGUUGGCCAACAGCCGAUAGUUCUUCAAAACAUGCGAAUGCCCAAGAAUCGGAUGUGGCAUAUGUGAUGUUUACAUCUGGCAGCACAGGACGACCGAAGGGUGUUGUAAUGGAGCAUAUGGCUGUGUGUUCAAGCAUGGUAGCUCACGGGAGGGCGAUGCACUUUACAUCCGACACACGCGCUCUGCAUUUUGCUUCUCUUGGGUUCGACGCGAGCAUAGCUGAGAUCUUGACGACCUUAGCACAUGGUGGAUGCGUUUGCGUUCCAGACGAAGAACAACGUUUUAACGUGGCCGAAGCAAUCAACCGGUUCCACGUCAACUGGGCGUUCUUCACUCCAUCUGUGAUCAGCCUCGUAUCGCCAAGCCAGGUACCUUCUCUCAAGACAUUGGUACUCGGAGGCGAGGCUGUCAAGAGCGACAACAUCGAAAUAUGGGCGGAUCAGGUCACCCUCGUCAAUGGUUACGGCCCUACGGAGGCUUGUGUCUUCUGUGUAUCUACUCCACUCCUUCCUUCUUCGCGAUCAGAUACCAUCGGUCUGGCACUUGGAUCGACGGCAUGGGUGACCAGCCUAGAAGACGAGGAAGGCGACGCAGAGCUUGCUGCGGUGGGUUCUGUUGGUGAGCUUUGGAUCGAAAGCCCACAAUUGGCGCGCGAGUAUCUCGAGAAUGAAGAGGCCACGAGAGCGGCAUUCGUUGUUGAUCCGCCCUUCUUGCGCUCCGCAGCCCUCGGUGCGUACCAGAAUGGGUCGUGGACUACCACAGGGAGGAGAAUGUACCGAACAGGAGACUUGGUGCGCUACAACGAAGAUGGGACGCUGCGUUAUCUCGGACGCAAGGACGCGCAAGUCAAAGUCCGAGGGCAGAGAGUGGAACUGGCUGAGAUCGAGCACCAGCUGGGUACGGAUAAGAACAUCAGUGCAGGCUUGGUUCUGUAUCCCAAAGCCGGGCACCUAACUGGCAAAGUGACAGCUGUGAUCUCGCUCGCGCGGCAUUCUGGCAAGGAGAGAUCGAGCGUCCAGAAGAACGGAACUUCGAAUGGACACACCAACGGUCAUAGUAAUGGUGACGUGAAUGGCCACCAGAAUGGAAGCACUAAUGGCCACACAAACGGAAACAGUGUCGCUCAGACCAAUGGAACAUCUCAUGGUGCCAUGAAUGGGAGCUCAGAAGAAGCUGACGAAACCUCAACGAAAACAGCCAACGACAUUAACGGUCAUAGACGCGAUAUGGGAGACCUGUCUCUGUUGCAAGGACCCGAUGGAGCAGCAGCCAGAGUCCAGGCACUCAAGAGCCAACGGAUGCUUGUUGACGUUUUGCCUUCUUUCAUGAUACCCACAGCAUGGCUAGUCGUCGAAUCCAUCCCAUUGACGGCCUCCGGGAAGCUUGACCGGCAGUAUGUUCAGCGAUGGGUGAUACAGAUGGAGAAAGAUCAAGCCCAAGCUGCUCUCCUAGAAUCCCAAGGGGAAGGCGAGGGCGACAAUGAUGUCGAUGCUCAUGGAGCAACCGCUGUGACUCCAAUCGAACAGAAGCUUCAACAAAUCACAUCCGAGGUCUUGGGCCUUCCAGCUGCGAAGAUCUCGAUGGCUCGUUCGUUCCUCAAGCAGGGAGGCGAUUCUAUUACAGCAAUGCAGCUGUCCUCCCGCUGCCGCACACAGGGUAUGAGGGUUAGCGUACAGGAUAUUCUACGAAGCAACUCCCUUUCGCGUUUGACGAUAUACAUAAACCUUAUCGAACAGUCAAAGGUACCACGCAACGAGCCACUUAAUGAGCCAUUUGGGCUGUCCCCAAUUCAGAGCCUUUACUUUGGACUUGGCGAUUCAGCAGCAACCGCACGUUUCAAUCAGAGCUUCGUUGUUCGAAUCAAACGGAAGAAGGACGCCCUGGAAGUGGCACGAGCCGUUGAAGCUGUCGUUAGCCAUCACUCGAUGCUACGUGCGCGAUUCGAUGUCGACGAAUCAGGAGCCUGGUCUCAAAGAGUCACAGCUGAGGUCCAAAGCUCCUUCGACUUCAAUAUCCAUAACGUCCCGAAGGAGGGGGAAGCAUAUAUGGCUUCAGCCGUUAGUGCCACUCAGUCUCGCAUCAACCCACGGUCUGGCCCAGUGUUUGCGGUUGACCUCUUCGAGCUAGAAGAAGACCUCGAAGGCAGGGGCUCACAGGUGCUGUUCCUCGUUGCUCACCAUCUUGUCGUGGAUAUGGUAUCCUGGCGGGUGAUGUUGCAGCAAUUUGAAGAACUGCUUGAGACUGGCAAGCUGGACGCUGAGCGUCCGGUGCCGUUCCAAGUCUGGAACAGACUACAGCAGGAUUACGCUGUGUCAGACCUGACCCCUGAAGCUGCUCUACCGUUCGAAAUCACACCGCCUGACGUCUGGUUUUGGGGUCUUGAGGAAGAACGAAAUGCCUGGGGCGAUGUUCAGGCGGCAGGCUUUAUGCUCAAUCCGGACGCUACAGAAGCCUUGCUAGGUCAAUGCAAUAACGCCUUUAAUACCGAGACUAUCGACCUGCUAACUGCGGCCUUGUCGUACUCUUUUCACAAGGUGUUCCCUGAGAGGGCUGUCCCAACGAUCUUCAAUGAAGGCCAUGGUCGAGAGGUCUGGGAUCCUGAAAUCAACAUCUCCGACACAGUUGGCUGGUUCACCACGAUGCGACCUGUGACAGCGGAAGUGGACCACAACGAUCUACUAGGAGUGGUGAAAAAAGUCAAGGAUGCCCGACACGCAACGCCAAGCAAUGGUUGGGCAUAUUUUGCAAGUCGCUUCAUGAACCCGCUAGGACGUGAAAAGUUCGGCUCGCACAGCGGUGCAGUUGAGGUCAUCUUGAACUAUCUCGGACGUUUCCAGCAGCUUGAAAGAGACGAGGCACUCCUGCAAAUCGAGCCUCGCGUCGGUGGCCCUGAGACGGGCGACAUGGGGUCCGACACGCCCAGAAUCGGUCUCAUUGAUGUGACUGCGACCGUCAACGACGAAAGGUUGAGUCUCAGCAUCUCCUACAACAAAUACACGCGGCAUAGUGAUCGAGUGCUUGAAUGGGUCGAGGCGUUUGACAAAACAUUGGUUGAAUUGACCAAUGUGCUUCCGAAUCACAGCCGUCAGUACACGGUCAGUGACCUCCCGCUAGUCACUGGACUGUCAGAGACUGGCCUGCAUCAGCUAGUUGCAAACAGGCUGCCAGGCAUUGGUGUUGAUAGCAUUGAUGCUGUCGAGGACAUUUACCCUUGCUCCCCAAUUCAACAGGGUAUCCUGCUGAGCCGGUCCAAAGUGGCUGGAUUCUACGACACGCAGUUUGCAUUUGAAGCGGUAGUCCGCGAAGGCAUUCUGAACAUUGAGCAGCUCGCUGCGGCUUGGCAAGCCGUAGUCGACCGGCAUGCUAUGCUUCGGACGGUCUUUGUUGAUGCUGUGACGGCCGACGGCAUGUCCCUGCAGGUCGUACUCAAGCAUGCCGAUGCUAGUGUGGUCCUGUUGGAGAAUGGAGUUGCUGUAAAUGAUGACGCUGGUGGCAAUGUCUCUUCUGGACCUGAGCAUCGUUUGGUGAUCGAUCAAACUGCACAAGGCACCGUGGAGUGUCGUCUCGACAUCAGUCACGCGCUGAUUGACGGAGCUUCCGUUGGAAUCGUCUUUGGCGACCUCCUCAGGGCUUAUUACGACAUGCUACCGACUGUACAUGCUCCUCUCUAUCGCGACUACAUCUCGUACCUGAAGGAGAGUGGCGGCGACAAUGCAAUUACCUUUUGGGCCGAUCGACUUGGUGGCCUUCAAUUGUCCCACUUUCCACGGCUGGCAAGCCUUGCUGCAGAGGCUCCAGACAAGGAGAAUCGCCUUCACACAGUAAAGCUCGAUAUGAGCGAUAUCUCGUCUGCAGUUUCAGAAUUCUGUUCAGCAAACGAUGUAACGGCGUCAAACGUUAUCCAUGCAGCAUGGGCUAUUAUUCUUCGAGCCUAUAGUGCAUCAGAGGAUCCUGGGCUUUCCUUCCGCGCCCUAGGCGGCCACGAUCCAACGGAGUACGAUGUGACCGUCAACAUCAAUGUGCAAGCGGGUGAAAUGAAGGGCAAUAUCAAGUUCUGGUCCUCCGUUAUGACAGAGGGCCAAGGCUCCAGCCUCGCCGAUGCUUUUCUGACUGUUCUGCGAAGUGCGCUCAAGACACCUGGCCAGAAGAUAUGCACGCUCGAAAAGGCCAGCACCCAAGAUAAAGAGAAGAUUGCGUCCUGGAACCAAGAAAUGCCAAAGCGCAUCGACAAAUUCGUCCACGAUACCAUCACUGCGCAUUCCAACACGAGCCCCUCUGCCAAUGCAGUAGAUGCAUGGGAUGGAAAGCUCACAUACAAAGAAUUAGACGACCUUUCUUCUCGUCUAGCCCAGCACCUAAGGCAAGUCGGUGUGAGCGAUCAUAGCUACGUUUUGAUUUGUCUAGAAAGAUGCCUCUGGACCCCAGUCGCUGUGCUCGCGGUUCUGAAGGCCGGCGCUGCCUAUGUCCCUCUGGACCCGAAAUGGCCCCAAAAGCGUGUGGAGGAUAUCUUGCGGCAGGUCGGGGCAAAGGUCGCUCUCACAGGCAAUGCUACAGCUCAUUUAAUCCCCGGAUCUGUCGACAACAUACUCCAACUCGAUGAGGCAGCUUUGAACUGGCUACCCAGCAACACCACACCCGUUGCAACAGAGCUUCAGCCAUCUGACCCGGCGUACGUGAUCUUCACUUCUGGCAGUACUGGGCUGCCGAAAGGUGUCGUCAUUGAACAUGCCAAUUUAUCAUCAAGUGUCAAUGCCCAUGCAAGCAGAAUGGGUCUUGGACCAGAUUCACGGGUUCUACAUUUCGGCUCGUUGGCAUUCGAUGUCAGCCUGACGGAAAUUAUUGGAACCCUAACGCAGGGAGGCUGCCUGUGUAUUCCCUCAGAGGCACAGCGCCUUAACAAUAUUCCUGCAUUUAUGAACGAAAAGCAGAUCAACUGGGCAUUCUUUACACCUUCGGCCUCGGUCGCCCUGAAGCGUCCAGAAGAUCUGCCUUAUCUGAAGACCUUGGUCCUCGGAGGAGAGGCAGUCACGUCAAAGAACGUCAAGGACUGGGCUGAUAAGGUCACGCUCAUUAAUGGAUUCGGUCCAACUGAGGCUUCAAUCUUCUGCUUGACGACACAGCUGGGUCUGGUAUCAGGAGAACCUCCCCUCGGACACGGAGUAGGCUGCGUGGCAUGGAUUGCCGAUGCGGAUGCUCCUGACACAUUAGUCCCUGUCGGAGCAAUUGGAGAGCUGUUGAUUCAAGGUCCUAUUGUCGCCCGCGGCUAUCUCAGCGAUGCAGAUGGCUCGGCAAAGGUGUUUUUACCGGCAAGCACAGUCCCGGACAUUGGUCAGCCAAGUACCUCAGAACGUGUCUACCGGACAGGCGAUCUUGUUCGUUACCGCGAGGAUGGCUCAUUCAUUCUCGUGGGGCGUAAAGGAGGUCAGGUCAAACUGCGUGGUCUACGCAUUGAACUUGGAGAAGUAGCGCGGAAGAUUGAGGAGGUUUGGGACAGAGCUGAGCGCAGUAUUGCAGAGGUCAUUGCGCCAUCUGACCGUCCAGAUUCUCAGGUCCUAGUAUCUUUUGUUCAAAUCGAGGACCAAACAGUCGCAGAAACAGGAGAGAAUUGGGUCGCACCCUUGUGGGAAGAGUUCCAAGACGAAGUAGCUAAGCUACAAGCCCGAAUGGUCCGCGACCUUCCCAGAUACAUGAUCCCUAGUGCUUUCAUACCCGUGCGAUGGCUUCCACAGACAUCCGCGGGGAAGCUUGACCGUCAGACUCUGCGAGAGUGGGCGGGAAGCCUGAGCGCAGAAGAUCUUGCCAAGUACCGCUGCAGUCGAGCAUCGAAGCGCGAGCCAAGUACGACUACGGAGAAGAAGCUACAGACUAUCUGGGAGACAAUUCUGGUGCAACCUUCUGGUUCCAUUGGCGCAGACGACGAUUUCUUCCAGCUUGGAGGAGAUUCCAUAGAUGCCAUGCGACUGGUAGCCUCUGCGGACGAGGUUGGCAUGGCUUUGACUGUCGGGCAGGUCUUCCGUGAGCCCCAGCUCUCCGUUCUUGCGAAAGAGAUCGAUGAAAUGGGCGAGGUGACAGGAGAAGUAGUUGUGGUCAAACCAUUCUCUCUGUUAGGCGACAACGACGACGAAGAACAUGCCGAAAUUGUUGCGGAAGUGGCGCGGCAAUGUGGUACUCCCACAGAGUCGGUUGAGGAUGUCUAUCCUUGUACUCCCUUACAAGAAGGAUUGAUGGCACUCUCUGCGAAACACCCAGGGACUUACGUGGCUCAGCAUGUUUUCCGAAUCGGUGUCCAUGUUGACACCGAGCGCCUGAAAGCAGCUUGGGCUCGCACCGCACAAAGAUGCAGUGUUCUUCGUACGCGCAUUGUUUAUGUGGAGGGUCGAGGGCCGCUUCAAGUUGUCCUGCGAGAAGAACCGAUGUGGCCUGAAGAAAUGGACAAACAGGAGUAUCUUCUUCACGAUAAGCAACAAGUGAUGGGAUAUGGAACGGCGUUGAGCCGCAACGCCCUUGUCACGGACGGAGAAGGUGUUCGGUACUUAGUUUGGACCGCUCAACACGCAAUAUACGACGGCUGGUCCGUCGCAUUGCUAAGGGGUGUUGUUCUGGCAUCCUACGAGCACGAUGUGGCGCCACCAAAUCACGUCGCAACGACACCAUUCUCACACUUUAUCAAGCAUAUUCAGGACAACAAAUACUCAGAGGAGUUGACAAGCGAGGACUUCUGGCGCCAAAAGCUGAAUGGUUGGAGUGGUGCACAGUUUCCCACACUUCCUUCAUCUGGCUACCAGCCGAGAACCAACCAAUCGAUCCAGUACCAGCUCUCCUCAUCAACAAAAUCCGUCGUUCCCGGAGUCACUCAAGCCUCGCUCCUCGAAGCAGCUUGGGGUCUUGUGGUUUCGCGCCAAACUGGCUCGGAGGAUGCUGCCUUUGGCUUGACCCUGAGCGGCCGCAAUGCGCCUGUGGCAGGUAUCCCUCUCAUGGUUGGGCCAACGAUCACAACGAUUCCAGUAAGGAUGCAGUUUGAUGAUGCAUCUACUAUUCAUGAGCUUCUUCAGGCUGUUCAAAAGUCGUCGGCGGCAAUGAUUCCACAUGAACAAGCCGGCCUGCGAUUUAUUCAGUCUCUUAGCUCUGACGCAAACGAAGCAUGCCAAUUCCAGAGCUUGCUGGCUAUUCAGCCGCCGAGUAAAACUGAUGGCUCAGCCAGCGCCGUGAAAGAUGAGGCUGUCCUUACGCCGCACGUGGAAGGGGCAGAUAUUGUCGGUUUCCAUACCUAUCCACUGGUUGUUGAAUGCAGACCAGGAGACGGCGUGGUAGACCUGGAGGUUCAGUACGAUGAUGCGGUUCUGUCGGGCUGGAAGGUUCAAUUGCUGCUGGAGGAAUUCGCCCAUAUCGUUGAGCAACUUAGCACGGGCGAGACGCAGGCCACGGUGGGCAGCGUGAAUGCCCUUAGCUCUCGCGGUGCCAGUCUUAUCCGAAAGUGGAACGCUAUGCCACCAAAUGCACUGGAGACUUGCGUACACAAGAUGGUUGAAGGGCAGAUGAAGGCUCGGCCAGAGGCUCUGGCGGUAUCUUCGUGGGACGGCGAGCUCACGUAUUACGAAUUGGAUGCUCUAUCCAACAAAUUGGCCUACCGACUUAUCGAGAUUGGUGUUGGGCCGGAAACACUGGUACCACUUUGCUUCGAGAAAUCGAUGUGGGUGAUCGUUGCUAUGCUGGCCGUCUUGAAGGCCGGUGGCGGCUGCGUGCCUAUGGUGCCUCAACAUCCCGAUGGCCGAUUGGCAGGCAUCAUAGAGGACACCGGAGCUCGUUUGGUCCUGGCCUCGAAAACACAGGAGGCCCGCUUCUCCAGCCUUGCUGAGCAGGUGGUUACCGUUGGUGCCUCUACCAUGAGUUGGUCGGGCGAGCUCAACAACCAGAACAGCAGUUCCACGCCGCCCAUGUCCCCUGUGAAGCCCUCCAACGUGUCUUUCAUCAUCUUUACAUCAGGAAGCACUGGCCGCCCGAAGGGCGUUCUACUGGAGCAUGGCGCUCUAUGCACUAGUAUGGCUGUGCAUGGCGAGGCUCUUGCUCUGGGUCAUGAGUCGCGCGUCUUCCAGUUCUCUGCAUUCAACUUUGAUGCUAGUAUCCAGGAUAUCUUUACGACCCUUACGCGCGGAGGUUGCAUUUGCAUGCCAUCCGAGGACACAAGAUUGGACGACGUCCCGGCCGCAAUAAACGCAAUGAAAGUAAACUGGAGCUUCUUCACGCCUACUGUAGCUGCACUGAUACAUCCACGUGAUGUUCCUGGGUUGAAGGCAAUUACGCUGGGUGGUGAAGCAGCAACACCUAUCGUCGUCAAGCAAUGGGCAAAGGCUGUGGUCCUCAACAACUGCUACGGCCUGUCAGAGGAUAGCAUCCAUACCACUUGGAUGAUCUGCACCGACGAUGUGAACGGCCUUUCAACAAUCGGUCGACCACUUGGUCGGAACCUCUGGAUUGCGGAUAUUGCUGAUGUUAAUCGCCCGGCAGCAGUCGGGGCUGUAGGCGAACUACUGGUUCAGGGUCCGACCCUGGCACGGGGUUAUCUGAACAACAAGGAGGAAACAGCACGAAGGUUUCCUAUCGCUCCGAAAUGGGUAACCGAAUUGAGCGCAAGUGGUGUUCCGCAGCGCGUGUAUCGCACAGGAGAUAUGGUGCGAUACAACGAAGAUGGUGCGCUAUGCUACGUCGGCCGGAAAGAUGCCCAAGUCAAAGUCCGAGGGCAGCGUGUUGAACUUGUCGAGAUCGAAAACCAGCUUUGCGCCGAUGGGCACGUCGAUACGGGCUUGGUCCUUUUCCCUACACAAGGCCCGCUUGCGAAGAAGGUUACAGCCGUCAUCUCCCUUACGAGCUACCACGACUCGGCCGAAAAGGAAAAGGAGAACGCGCAACGUAGUGGUCUCCAUCUGCUUGAGGACACACAGGGCGCAGCAGCCCGGCUUCAAGUCCUGAAGACCCGACAAAGACUAGUCGAUCUUCUUCCGUCUUUCAUGGUCCCGACGGCCUGGCUGGUGGUGGAUUCCAUUCCGUUGACUGUGUCCGGUAAAAUGGACCGCCUUCAGGUGAAGAAUUGGGUUGUCGCUUUGGAUGACGAGACGGCUCAAGGAGCCCUGCUCGGUGACAACGACGAUGCAGGUUUCGAUGCCGAAGGGCCCGCAGCAAAUGCCACUACGACGAUUGAAGAGGCCCUACAGCAGGCUUGUGCCGAUGUCCUUGGCCUCACAGUAGACAAGGUGUCUAUGGCCAGAUCAUUCCUGAAUCAUGGAGGUGAUUCUAUCACUGCAAUGCAAUUGGCAUCUCGUUGCCGGGCCCAAGGCAUGAGACUCAGUGUGCAGGAUGCUCUGCGUACUAACACACUGUCCCAAUUAGCCCUCCAUAUUAGUGAUUUGGGAAGCUCGAAGGUGCCACGGGAUGAGCCGUUUGACAAGCCUUUCGGUCUCUCACCUAUUCAGCAACUCUAUUUCGGAUUGGCACCAGACGUGGUUUAUACCCGUUUCAACCAAAGCUUCUACCUUCGACUCACGCAGCGGAAGGAUGCUCUCGACGUGGCACGCGCUAUCGAAUCCCUCGUCGGCCACCAUUCGAUGUUACGCGCUCGCUUCAGUAUCAACGAGGAGGGUCACUGGCAACAAACGGCUACGAGUGAUCUGCAAAAUUCGUUCCAAUUCAAUAUCCAUAGUGUGCCAGGCAGUGGCGCGGUCGUACCCAUUACCUCAAUCAUUGCCAAAACCCAAUCUUGUAUCAAUCCUCAAAACGGGCCCGUGUUUGCCGUCGAUCUCAUAGAGAUUGGCGAUGAUGGCGGACCAGAUGACGAAAUUGCCCCUGGACAGGUUCUCUUCAUGGCUGCCCACCAUUUAGUCAUCGAUCUCGUGUCGUGGCGUGUUAUCCUUACACAGCUUGAGGAACUCCUCGAAACUAACAAGCUCUCUGCCGAGCGCCCCGUUCCCUAUCAGGUCUGGAACAGAAUGCAAGAGGGGUAUGCUAUUGCUGAGCUAUCCCCGGAAGCUGUCCUGUCGUUUGAUCUUCCGCAGCAUAAUCUGGAGUUUUGGGGUAUGGAAGAUGGCGCUCAGAAUACAUGGGGUGACGUGGUCACUGCUGGGUUCAGCCUCACAAGUGAAGUCACCGAGCUCCUCCUUGGUGAUUGUCACGACGCUUUUAGCACCGAGCCUAUCGAUCUGUUCACUGUUGCAUUGUUCGAUGCUUUCCAAAAGACGUUCCCAGAGCGCGACCUACCGAGUAUUUUCAGUGAGGGGCACGGUCGAGAGCCAUGGGACUCGGAUUUGGAGAUAUCUAACACCGUCGGUUGGUUUACCACAAUGCGUCCCAUCGCCGUUUCAACCGGCACAGAAAACUUGCUUGACAUGCUCCAGUUGGUUAAGGACUCACGCCACUUAACCCCGAGUAACGGUUGGGCAUACUUCGCGAGCCGUUUUUUGCAUCCCGAAGGCCGCAAGAGAUUUGCAAUCAACGGUGCAGUCGAAAUCCUGUUCAACUAUCUUGGCCGCUUCCAGCAACUUGAACGUCAGGACUCGCUCUUACAACAGGAACCUCGCAUCGGCGGGCUAGAAACAGCCGAUAUGGGUGCUGAUACGCCUCGAAUGGCUGCCAUCGAUGUGUCGGCUUCCAUAGCUGAGGGAUGCACUCGUAUGAGCUUCAGUUACAACAAAAACAGCCGACAUCUGGCCCGCAUUGGGGAAUGGAUUCAGCAGUGUGAGCGUACGUUGAUCAAGUUGACGGAGAUCUUGCCAGGCCGAAGCCGCGAGUAUACAGUCAGUGAUCUGCCCCUCCUUGAACUGACGCAGGGAGGACUGCAACGUUUGGUGAAUGAGCGACUGCCAAGCAUUGGCGUCAAAGAUAUCGAAGAUGUUGAGGAUAUUUAUCCUUGCGCACCUGUGCAACACGGUAUCUUGCUCAGUCAGCUCAAGGGUCACGGCCAAUAUGAUACUAUCAUUGAGGUCGAGGCUAUGGGUCGAGACGGCCCAGUGGAUAUCACUCGCUUGGUCAAGGCGUGGCAGGCUGUGGUGAACCGACAUGCCAUGUUGCGAACGGUUUUCGUUGAAAUGCCAUCACCUGAGGCUGGGUUCAUGCAGGUCGUACUCAAGAAAGUGGAUGCGAUCGUGGAUUAUCCGGGCAAGAACAUGCAAAGCUCUGAAGGUGGCGGCCAGAAGGGUACUUCAUCCGAGCCCGAUGAAAUCUCGCGAAGGGUGAAGCAUCCGGCUCAUCGAUUCGUCAUCGAGCAGAGCUCUGAAGGCCGUGCUAUCUGUCGAGUUGAAAUCAGCCACGCUCUCAUCGAUGGUGCCUCAAUAUCUGUGCUGUUGGGAGACCUGACAUUGGCGUACUGCAACCUCCUACCGACUAGCCGUGGUCCCCUCUACAGUGACUAUAUCGCAUACAUUGCCAAGAACGGAGAGGAAGCUGCUAUUAAAUACUGGUCGGAGCGGCUGAGCGAUCUUGAGCCGUGCUAUUUCCCUCGCUUGGACGACGCGAGUCCAAUGGAAAGAGCACAGGCUGAACUGCGAACAAUUGAGCUCGACACAAGCGAACUUGCAGGGCACGUUCAGGCCUUCUGCGCGGCAAAUGGCGUAACUGUAUCAAACAUCGUGCAUGCCGCGUGGGCUAUACUUUUGAGAACUUAUACUGGGUCGGAUGAGGUUUGCUUUGGAUACCUCGCAUCAUCCCGUGAUCUGCCCAUUUUCGGUAUUGAGGGUGCUAUGGGCCCAUUCAUCAACAUGCUCACUGCUCGCUUCCCUGUGCAGGCUGGCGUAAACGUCAGAUCGCUGAUCGCUGCCAGCAAGGAUAGCCACAUGCAGGCAAUUCCGCAUCAGAGUUGUUCGCUCGCCCGGGUACAACACAAACUAGGCAUCACAAGCCAAGGUCUUUACAAUACCGUGGUGUCAGUGCAGCCGCAAGGUGUUGGCGGGGAGGGUCGGGAGCCUGAGAUUCGAUUCCGUGGCCUCGGAGGUCAUGAUCCAACCGAGUACGAUAUCACGGUCAAUGUCGGUGUACAGGGUGAAGCUUUGUCUGGCAAUAUCAAAUACUGGACUUCACAUAUGACAGAAAUGCAGGCUCUUAGCCUCGUCGACUCCUUUGUCGCAAUACUACGAAGCAUGGUUGCGAAUCCCGAUCAAGAUAUCUCUACGGUAGAGAAGCUUGGUACAAACGAUAGAUCUCUUAUCGCAUCAUGGAACGAAAAGAUGCCUGAGCGUGUGCAUAGCUGUGUAAACCACAUUUUCGAGGCCCAGGCCACUGCCAGCCCUGAUGCCGAGGCCGUGUGCUCCUGGGACGGGCGCCUUACGUACAAAGAGCUGAACGAGUUGUCCUCGCGCCUUGCGUGCUACCUGAGUACCAGUCUCGGCGUCGGCCCAGAGACAUGUGUACUUGUCUGCUUGGAAAAAUCACUCUGGACGCCAGUUGCCAUCCUGGCGACCCUGAAGGCCGGUGGCGCCUUCGUGCCCUUGGAUCCAAAAUUGCCCCUACAGCGCAUGCAAGAGAUCGCAAACCGAGCAGGAGCCAUUGUUGGACUGGCUGACGUUGCGACGCGCCCACAGGUUGCCGCCUCGGUUGACAUGGUAGUCCAGCUCUCCCACGAAACCAUCGCAAAUCUUCCUUCAGGAGAGCUAUAUACUUCAACACAUGUCACGCCGUCAAACACAGCUUACAUCAUUUUCACGUCGGGAAGUACUGGCAUACCCAAGGGUGUCGUUAUCGAACAUGCAACUGUCGCCUCCAGCUCCUUAGCUCAUGGCCGUUCGAUGGGUAUUCAGUCAAGCUCUAGGGUCUUCCAUUUCGGCUCCUUGGCGUUUGACUCAACUAUUGCUGAGGUCAUCACCACGCUGACACGGGGUGGCUGCAUCUGCAUUCCAUCAGAAAGUCAGAGGUUGGAUGCCACCGCUUCUGUAAUGCAUGAGAUGACAGUCAACUGGGCUUUCUUUACUCCCUCGUCUGUAGCUGCUUUACGGCCGCAGGACCUGCCUCACCUACAAACACUGGUUCUUGGUGGUGAGGCCGUAAAGGCGAAGAAUGUGAAGGAUUGGGCCGGGCAGGUCUCUUUGCACAACGGUUACGGACCGACUGAGACCUGUGUCUUCUGCGUAUCGACUGUCAUUCAACCUUCAGCAGCAGCCUCGGUCAUUGGUCGAGCGAUUGGGAGUGUAGCCUGGGUCGCUGACAUUGAUGCACCUGGCUCAUUGGCCCCGAUAGGCGCAAUUGGUGAACUACUUAUCCAGGGGCCAAUCGUUGGCCGUGGCUAUCUUGGUGAUGAAGAGGCAACCGCUGCAUCAUUCCUUGCGGCGUCAACAGUGCCACAAACUAUCAGCCAGGAAGCCAUAUAUCGCACAGGCGACCUUGUUCGGUACCGCCACGAUGGCUCGAUCUGCUAUGUCGGAAGAAAGGGCACUCAGGUCAAGCUCCGUGGCCAAAGAAUCGAGCUUGAUGAAGUGGCACACACUGUAGAGGACCUAUGGGAUCGAUGUGGCCAAACAGUCCCUGACGUUGUGGCACCAGUGGAUCGGCCUGACCACAAGCUUUUGGUGGCAUUUGUGCAAGUUCGCCUAGGUGAAGAUGAUACGGUGAUGGACGACGCGGAAGAAGCUGAUUCCAGCAACGAGAAGGUGCAGCCACAAGCUGAGUGGCUGGCACCGCUGUGGCCGGGGUUCCAUGCAGAGACGGCGAAGCUCCGCGCUCGGAUGGCAGGAGUUGUCCCUCGCUAUAUGAUACCCCAAGCCUUUAUUCCCGUUCGGGAGCUCCCGGUCACGGCUUCUGGAAAGCUUGAUCGCCGUAGCUUGCGCCAGUGGAUCAGCAAUCUUGACGCUGAGACGAUUGCUGGGUAUGGGCAAGCGAGGAAACAAAAGCAGGAACCGUCCACAGAUACCGAGAGACAUCUGCAGACUCUUUGGGAGGCUGUCCUUCAAUUGGGAGAAGGUACAGUGGGUGCAGACGAUGACUUCUUCCAGCUUGGCGGAGAUUCCGUGGAUGCAAUGCGUUUGGUGGCUGUUGCUGCCGAGACGAACAUGGCUCUCAGCGUGGCGCAGGUCUUCCGAUCCUCUCAACUCUCAGCCAUGGCACGCGAAGUGGAUGCUUCAGACGGCGUGGUUUCGACUAGGGUAGAAGGUGGCGCCGAACCUUUCUCGUUGUUGUGUGCAACAGGAAGUGAUGGAGAGGGCGACAUGGGUGAUGAGGAGCUGAAGGACAUCCUCGCCAAUGCUGCGCAACAAUGUGAGGUCGACAUCUACGAAAUUCAUGAUAUCCUACCUUGUACAGCUUUGCAAGAAGGUUUGAUGGCAAUAGGAACGAAGAACCCCGGAUCUUACAUGGCUCAGCACAUAUUCCAGCUCGGACCGCAAGUCGACUUGGAGCAGUUAAAGACCGCGUGGACUUCAACAAUCGCGAAGUGCGAUAUCCUACGCACUCGUAUUAUCUAUGUCGAGAACAGUGCACCGCUCCAGGUGGUGAUGAGUGAAGAGGCGGCUUGGCAGGAAGACACUGGCUUGGAGGACUUCCUCGUUCGUGACAAGACAAGCCCUAUGGGAUACGGCAAAGCGCUUAGUCGAGUAGCGCUCAUCCACGGUAGCAGUACCAAUACCGAGGCGAGUUUCUUGGUGUGGACUGCGCAGCAUGCAGUAUACGAUGGUUGGUCUGUCGGUCUUGUCAAGCACAUGAUCGAGCAGGAAUACGGGGAGCAACAGCAAUUGGUGGCAUCAAGCUUUCAGCCCACACCGUUCUCGAGCUUCAUCAAGCACCUCACCGAAACUGGAGGCCCCAACGGUGUCACAAGCGACGACUUCUGGAGACAAAACCUAGAUGGCUGGAGCGGCGUGCAAUUCCCCAAACUUCCGUCAUCGGCCCAUCAAGUCCGUACAAACCAGCGAAUUCAGCAUACCUUCACGAGGCCAGAGACUACCGUUCAAGGUGUCAGGCACGCAUCCUUUAUUCAGGCAGCUUGGGCUACAGUACUCUCACGUCAGACUGGCUCGGACGAUGUUGCCUUUGGCCUGACGCUCAGUGGGCGCAAUGCCCCAGUAGCGGGCAUCUCGAAGAUGGUUGGCCCUACAAUUACUACAGUCCCUUUCCGGCUUCAGCUCAACAGCAGCGACACGACAGUUGCAGAGCUGCUUCAAAAAGUCCAGCAUAUCUCUACUGAUAUGAUCUCAUUUGAGCAGGCAGGUCUUCAUCACAUCCAAUCUCUCAGCUCGGAUGCGCAGGAGGCUUGUCAGUUCCAAAGCCUGAUAGCCGUCCAGCCUGCCAGCAAAGGUGGCAAGCAAAGCAGCGACGAUCAUCAUCCUAUCCUCAUACCACAUAUUGAGAACAACGACUUGACUGGCUUCCACACGUAUCCUCUGGUUGUGGAAUGCAAGCUUCAUGAGGAUAGCUCGGAGGUCGAGUUCGACGCACAGUACGAUGAUGUCGUCAUGAAAGAGUGGGAUGUGCAACGCCUGCUUGAGCAGUUCGCACACGUUCUACAACAGCUAUACAGCCAGCCGGACUCUUCCGUUGGCAACGUCGAUACAUUCAGCUCACAAGACGCAGCGCUUGUAGCGAAGUGGAAUUCUUGCCAGCCAAAAAUGACGAAAGAAUGCGUGCAUGCCUUGAUACAGAAGCACGUCGAUUCACGCCCUGAAGAGCCCGCGGUGUCUGCAUGGGACGGUGAGCUCACAUUCAGUGAACUUAACGACCUGGCUAGCCGCUUGGCUUCCCAACUCUUACGCCAAGGGGUUAAGCCCGGCUCACUUGUACUUCUUUGCUUGGAAAGGUCGCAAUGGGUGAUUGUGGCUAUUUUGGCUGUGCUGAAGACAGGCGCCGGUUUUGUUCCUGUCGACUCUGCGAUACCUCUUGGUCGCUUUGAACAAAUUGUACAGGAUACCGGUGCCACAUCUGCCCUUGUCAGCCCUGAAAGACUCAGAGACUUCGAUGGAGCGGUGGACAAGGUUAUUGAAGUUUCCACUACUGUUGUGGCAGACUGGUGCGACCACGAAACGGUGCCAGAGGUCUCAAACCCGACAGAUGUGGCCUACGUCAUGUUCACAUCCGGCAGUACGGGCCGUCCGAAGGGUGUUGUGAUGCAACACCAAGCAGUUUGCUCCAGUAUCAGGGCUCAUGGCCAGGCUAUGAGCUUUGGAACCUCCACGCGCGCUUUGCACUUUGCUUCCCUAGGAUUCGAUGCCUCUAUAGCAGAGAUCCUGACAACGUUAGCGCAUGGCGGAUGUGUUUGUGUGCCUGACGAAGAACAGCGCCUUAGUGAUAUUGCAGCAGCUAUCAACAAGUAUAGUGUCAACUGGGCCUUCUUCACCCCUUCGGUUAUUAGGCUGCUUGAGCCUAGCCAGGUAGCAAGCCUUAAGACUUUGGUUCUUGGUGGUGAGGCUGUUAUGAGCGACAACAUCAAGACCUGGGCCGGCAGGGUUGAGCUUAUCAAUGGCUACGGUCCGACAGAGGUCUGUGUUUUCUGCGUGUCUACCGAGCUUCACAAGACACAACUGCAGUCAGAUAUUAUUGGGCUCGCAACGGGUGCCACCGCAUGGGUGGUGAGCCUGAACAGCAAUGCACAACUGGCUGGACUAGGCUCAAUCGGAGAGCUUUGGGUCGAAAGUCCCCAGUUAGCCCAAGGCUAUUUGGGUCAUGAAGAUGCUACGACAGCGGCCUUCGUUGUUAAUCCACCAUUCCUACAAAUAUCCGGUUCCGAGGUUCGACGCUUGUACCGCACAGGAGAUUUGGUUCGAUACAACGAAGAUGGAAAGUUACGCUACGUCGGCCGCCGGGAUUCUCAGAUCAAAGUCCGAGGACAGCGUGUCGAGCUUUCCGAAAUAGAACAUCAUUUGUGCGCAGAUGAGCAUGUGGAGAGUGGGUUGGUUCUGUUCCCAAAGGAAGGCCCGUUGGCUGGCAAAGUGGCAGCAGUCAUCUCGCUCACUAGCCUCCGAGAUCAAAGCUCCUCGGCAUCUGGUCUCCGACUGCUUCAAGGGACUCAAGGAGCAGUUGGUCGACUCGACGCACUCAAAGCCCGUCAAGCCAUGUCAGCGCUACUCCCAUCUUUCAUGGUGCCAACAGCAUGGCUCGUGGUCAGCUCAAUUCCGCUCACAGCCUCAGGCAAGCUGGAUCGAGUCUUGGUCAUACGCUGGGUAGCCGAAAUGGGAGAAGAAACCGCACGAGGAACGCUCCUGGGUGAGGCAGCAGAGCCAGGGACUGAGGGACGUGAAGCCAUGGCCGUGACUAUCACGGAGCAGAUGUUACAGCUGGCAUGUGCAGAUGUUCUCGGCCUGUCGGGUGAACAGGUUUCCAUGGCUCGCUCGUUCCUGAGCCAAGGAGGCGACUCCAUUACGGCUAUGCAACUUGCAUCGCGGUGCCGGGCUCAGAAGUUGCGAUUGAGCGUGCAAGAUAUUCUUCGUUGUCCGACGCUCUCUCAGCUGGCAAUGCACGUUGGCACAAUCGAUGAAACCAAGGUGCCUCGAGACGAGCCCUACGAUAAGCCUUUUGAGUUAUCCCCUGCUCAAGAGCUCUAUCUGCAGCUUGAUCAGGAAGGUACGGCACGAUUCAACCAGAGCUUCUUCGUCCGACUCACUCAACGCAAAGCGGUGCUCGAUAUAGCAAGGGCUGUCGAGGCGUUGGUGGGCCAGCACUCUAUGUUACGGGCGCGGUUCAGCAAGAGCGACGAAGGCAAAUGGCAGCAGAUGGUAACAUCUGAGGUCCAGAAGUCUUUCAAUUUUACCGUGCAUGAGUUCUCAAAGAAGGAGUCUUCCGAAAAGAUGGCGUCUGUGAUUGCGAAGACUCAAGCCAUGAUCGAUCCGAAAACCGGCCCUAUCUUCGCUGCCAAUCUAUUUGAGAUCUCCGAGGACAGAGAUAAAGAUUCCACACAGGAUGGGCCGUCCCAGCUUCUGUUCCUUGUGGCGCAUCAUUUGGCAGUGGAUAUGGUUUCUUGGCGCAUUCUGCUACAACAGCUCGAAGAACUCCUCGAUAAGGGGGAGUUGCUUGCAGAGCGCCCGGUACCGUUCCAAGUCUGGAACAACCUUCAAAGAGAGUAUGCUGAGGAUUCCCUGUCGCCAGACGUUGCAUUGCCCUUUUCUGUGUCACAGCCAGACUUAGCAUUCUGGGGCCUGGAAGAUCAGGUCAAUGUUUGGGGCGAUAUCCGGGCCGAAGGCUUUGCUCUGGACGAAAAGGCUACUUCUCUUCUCCUAGGUGACUGCAAUGUCGCCUUUGGCACUGAGCCCGUCGAUCUCUUCACAGCUGCUCUUCUCAAGUCCUUUGAGGUUACCUUCCCAGAAAGGGCGUCCCCUACUGUCUUUAGCGAGGGUCACGGCCGCGAGCCAUGGGACGAGGAUAUCGACCUUUCUGGAACUGUGGCAUGGUUUACAACUAUGCGCCCCGUUUCGAUGGCAUUGACUCCAGACAAUGAUAUCCUCCAAGCGCUACGCUGGGCUAAGGAUGCCCGUCACUCAACACCACGGAACGGAUGGGCUUACUUUGCCAGCCGCUUCCUAAAUUCUGAGGGGCGUGACGUGUUUGGAAUAGAUGGCGCAGUUGAGAUCAUCUUCAACUAUCUUGGUCUCUUCCAGCAGCUUGAGCGAACAGACGCGUUACUACACCAAGAACCCCGAGUCGGUGGCUUCGAGACGGCCGACAUGGGCCCUAACACUCCGCGUAUGGCUGUUAUUGAUGUGUCUGCCUCUGUGACUGAAGGAAUUGCGAGCAUCGCGAUUUCGUACAGCAGUAAGGCUCGCCACGCCGAUCGUAUCAUCGAGUGGGCCAGCAACUUCCGAGAGGCUUUGAUCAGUUUGACUGAAUUGCUUCUAGGGCGAGAUCGCCAGUAUACAGCCAGUGAUCUGCCACUGUUGAAACUAGCCGAGGAUGACCUACAGAAAUUAGUCCAAAAUCGCCUACCCGCCAUCGGUAUAGAUGAUAUUGAUGAGGUCGAGGAUAUCUACCCAUGCUCUCCGAUUCAACAUGGCAUCCUGGUCAGUCAGAACAAAACAGCAGGGUACUACGAUACACGAUUCACAUUCGAGAUAAUCAGUCAAGACGGUCCAAUCGACAUUGAUCAACUGGAAAGGGCAUGGCAGACUAUUGUGGACCGACACCCAAUGCUGCGUACGAUAUUUGUGGAUGGCGUGACACCAAACGGCAUUUACACACAAUUUGUUCUCAAGCACGUUGAGGCGAAGUUGGUCCGGUCCGUCCACGGCCAGGAGGCAUUGGUAGAUGCUAAACACCCGCACCGUAUUCCACAGCCAUCUCACCAGCUGAUUAUUACCGACUCUUCGCAUGACCGCGUGGAAUGCCGGCUAGAUAUCAGCCACGCACUUAUCGACGGUAGCUCCACGCAAGUGUUGUUCGGUGAGCUCAUGCUGGCGUACCUUGGGCGACUCCCUCCAGGAAACGGACCACUGUAUCGCGAUUACAUCGCAUAUCUCGCUGAUCAAGGCGGGCACGGCGCAGUGGCCUACUGGGCGGAGCGGCUUGCUGGUCUUGGACCCUGCCACUUCCCACAACUUGCUGAUGAUGCGGUCGGUGACAAAAAGGAACGAGAGCUUCGCUCUAUAAAUCUCGACUUUGGCGAUAUGGCAGCUGAAAUACAGGCUUUCUGCGCAGCCGCCGACGUGACCGUCUCAAACAUCGUGCACACUGCAUGGGCCCUGGUUCUGAGAGCGUAUACAGGCUCGAAUGAUGUCUGCUUUGGCUAUUUGACGUCAGGGCGUGACAUCCCUGUCGAUCAAGUUGAGUCAAUUGUUGGCCCGUUCAUCAACAUGCUCACCGCCCAGCACCAAGUCCUUGAAGAAACGACAAUCAACGACUUGGUCAAUGAAAGCAAGGAAGAUUACUUGAAGGCUUUGCCGUAUCAAAAUUACUCCUUGGCUGAAGUUCAGCACGAAUUGGGCCUGUCGGGACAAGCGCUGUUCAACACCGUCAUAUCGAUCCAGAACUAUGGUGGCGGCGCCAACGGGUCCAAGGAACCACAGCCAGAGCAGGAGCAGGAGGUUCGCAUGCGCAGCAUUGGAGGACAUGACCCAACUGAGUACGAUGUGACCGUCAACAUCGCCGUUCAAGCCGGUGUGCCCUCGGGCAACAUCAAAUAUUGGUCGUCUGUUCUGACAGAGGCUCAGGCUGCUCGCGUUGCUGACUCCUUCAUCACAAUCAUUCGCAACGCCGUUGCUAAUGCUGACCAACGUAUUUCGGCACUUGGAAAGAUAGGAAGUUGCGAUAAGGAGCUCAUUGCAUCGUGGAAUGCAAUCCCGCCAUUGUGUGUGGACGAGUGUAUCCACCAACGAAUCGAAACACAGGCGGCUACUACUCCAGACGCUGAGGCAGUCUCUUCUUGGGAUGGCAGCCUCACAUACAGCCGCCUGGAUGAUCUCUCUUCGCGACUUGCCCGCUAUCUGGUGGAGCUCGGUGUUGGUCCCGAGGUCUGCGUCCUGAUCUGCCUCGAGAGGUCACUCUUAACGCCGGUUGCCACGUUGGCUGUUCUCAAGGCGGGAGGCACAUUCAUUCCACUGGAUCCUAGAUGGCCCGAAGGACGUAUCCAAGAAAUCUCGAUUCAGGCCAAGCCAAUCGCGUCCCUUGUUGACAAGGCGAUGGCCUCGCACGUCGGUGAAUCUGCAGGAACAAUGGUCGAGCUCUCUGAUGAGUUCGUCGAAGGCCUUCCUGCCAUUACAUCACCAGUGGUUUCAACUGCUCAGCCGAGCAAUGCUGCAUACAUAAUCUUCACCUCUGGCAGCACAGGACGGCCUAAGGGCGUCACAAUAGAGCACCAGGCAGCGUGCUCAAGUAUGAAGGCCCACGGGCAGGCUAUGGGCUUCGGACCAGAGACUCGCGCCUUACACUUUGCCUCUCUAGGCUUUGAUGCCAGUAUUGCCGAGAUCUUUACAACCUUGAGCUACGGCGGCUGUAUCUGUAUUCCUGACGAAGACCAACGUUUGACAAACAUCACUGAAGUUAUCAACCGACACAAUGCCAACUGGGCUUUCUUUACGCCUUCGGUCAUUAGUCUCAUCAAGCCACAUGAAGUACCUUGUCUAACCACGUUGGUCCUUGGUGGCGAGGCAGUAAAGAGCGACAACAUCAAGGUAUGGGCAGACAAGACGAAGCUCAUCAAUGGAUAUGGCCCGACGGAGGUUUGUGUCUUCUGCGUGUCCAUGCCGUUGCAGCAACAGUCCCGUGCAGAUACUAUUGGAAAGGCCAUCGGGUCGACGUCCUGGGUUGUGAGUGAGGAUGGACAAUUAGCCGCGGUGGGUGCGAUUGGUGAACUAUGGAUCGAGAGUCCUCAGCUUGCCCGCGGCUACUUUGGUAACGAAGAAGCAACAGCAGCUGCAUUCGUGACCGACCACUCCUUCUUCCCCGAUUCGCAAAGCCGUCGCCUCUACCGCACGGGAGACUUGGUACGCUACAACGAAGACGGAUCGAUUCGCUAUCUUGGUCGCCGAGACGGACAGGUUAAAGUGCGAGGUCAGCGCGUGGAAUUGUCCGAGAUUGAACAUCAGCUCUCCGCCAACGAAAAUGUUGAGUCAGGUAUUGUGCUUCUACCGCAGAAGGGCACCUUUAAGGGCAAGCUUACAGCAGUGGUUUCUAUGUCCAGCCAACGGGGCUCUGAGGACUCGGAAGAGAAAAUGGUGAGAGUAGGCGAAGGCGAAGAAAAGGAUGCCUCCGAAGAGACGCAGGCCCUCGAUCGGGACAAGGCCGUCAAGUCUGGCCUCAAUCUUCUCCAGGGGACACAGCAGGCCAUUGCUCACUUGCAAAAUCUGAAGACUCGCCGCGCUCUAGCUGCGGUCCUCCCAUCGUACAUGAUCCCCGCGGCUUGGCUGGCCGUGAAAACGAUUCCACUGACGACAUCCGGCAAACUGGAUCGGACCCAGGUGUUGCAGUGGGUUGUAGAAAUGGAGGAGGAAACAGCGCGAGAAGCCCUGCUUGAAGUGGGAGACGAUUCAAAUCUCACUGCCGAUGGCCCUUCAUCGAAAGCAGUCACGCCCGUCGAGCAGACGAUCCAGAAAAUGUGCGCCGAGGUCCUUGAUCUGCCUAUCGAGCGUAUCUCCAUGGCAAGAUCUUUCUUGAAUCACGGUGGUGAUUCAAUCACAGCAAUGCAGCUAGCUUCCAGCUGUCGAGAGCAGGGGAUGCAGGCGCGCGUGCAAGACAUCCUGCGUGCUCAAAGCCUUUCACAGUUGGCGAUGCUUGUGAGUGCUAUUGAGGACCUGACUGUCCCUCGCGAUGAGCCCUUCGACGAGCCCUUCGCCUUGUCGCCUAUGCAACAGCUUUACUUCAGCAUUCAAGGCGACUCAUGCCCUGUCGACUUCAGCCAAGGGGUCUUUGUCCGGAUCACACGACAAAAGGAGGUUCUCGACAUUGCCCGCGCUGUGGAGGCCCUGGUUGGUCAGCACUCCAUGCUUCGCGCCCGUUUCGAUGCCAAUGCUUCUGGAUGCUGGCAACAAUCAGUGGCCUCAGACGUUGAGGACUCGUUCGAGUUUAGGGUGCACGAGAUGCCUCAGAAGGAAGCUGAGGCUCGUAUCAAAUCCAUUGUUGCAAAGACCAGGUCUCGACUCAAUGCUCGGACAGGGCAAGUCUUUGCAGUCGAUCUGUUCCAGCCUCAAGAGCACGAUGUUUCUGAGCCAUCGACACAGGUUCUGUUCAUUGUCGCUCAUCGCCUAGUCGUGGACAAGCCAUCGUGGACGAUCUUACUUCAACAGCUUGACGAGCUUCUAGACACAGGCAAGCUUUCAGCUGGGAGGCCCGUUCCGUUCCAGGUGUGGAAUAGGCUACAGUCUGAGUAUGUUGAACGCGACUUGGUGCCCGAAGAGGCCCUGCCAUUUGAGUUGCAGCCGCCCAGAGCAGACUUCUGGCACAUUAGUGACCGCCUUGGCUCCUUAAACGACAGAGUCAAAGAGGGUUUCAUAUUGAACCAGGACGUUACCGAUCGACUCCUAGGCGUCUGUAAUACUGCCUUCAACUCCGAUCCUGUUGACAUCCUCACCGCUGCACUCGUGUAUUCAUUCUGGCAAACAUUUGAGCGGCAGCCACCAACAAUCUUCCACGAAAGCCACGGCCGUGAGCCUUGGAACGACAAUAUCGAUCUUUCCGGUACAUGCGGUUGGUUUACCACUCUGCGACCAGUAACAGUCUCGUCGGGACAGGGUGAUGAUGUGCUGCAAUCACUACGACUGGCUAAGGAUGCCCGACGCAAGACACCGAACAACGGCUGGGCCUACUUUGUCAGCCAAUUCCUUCAUUCUCGUGGUCGCGACAUCUUUGGCGAGUACAGCACCGCUGAGAUCAUGUUCAACUUCACAGACGAUUCUGCACAGCCCCUGACAAGCGCAGCGGUGCUUGAACCAGCAUUCGGUACAAACAACAUGCAGAACGGGGAUCUGGGCGACCUCGCCUCGCAACUCGCAAUCUUCAACAUUAAUGCCUCCGUGCACUCGAAUAGUCUCGACAUUUCGUUCAGCUUCCCUCAGAUGAUCAAUCUUGGAGAUCGGAUCGCAGAGUGGGUGCAGCUGUACCAGACGACGCUCAUAGAUCUCAGCGAACAGUUGGCUCAGCGUGAUCGGGAGUACACGAUUAGCGACAUGCCUCUGAUGCAACUGACCCCUGCCACACUUCAGAAACUUGUUGAUGAGCGACUACCUUGCUUGGGUGUUCCAAUCGAGGGCAUCGAAGAUAUCUAUCCAAGCACACCCAUCCAGGACGAGGUCUUGAUGCAUCAGCAGAAGUAUCCCGACUGCUACACCGUGUCUAGCAUUCUCAAAGUCUCGGAGGACGACAAGAGCGCUCUCGAGGUGCUCGAUCGAAUUGAAUGGGUUUGGACACAGCUCAUGGAACGUCACCCAUCUCUCCGAACUGUAUUUGCUCCAACAGUUAGGAACGACAACGGCAAGCAUGAUCAGAUCCUCUUGAAGAGUACCGCUGUAUCCUUCGAAAGAAUCCAUGUCGCGGACAAGUCCGCCAUGGAGGCUUACAAUGAGCAACACCCUGUGGAGUAUCUCCUUUAUCGACCGUCCUGUCUGUUCCGCUCCUUCUUGCUGGACAGUGGGGAAGUUAUGAUCAGCAUGGAUAUCAGUCACGCCGUCUUCGAUGCUUGGUCCGGGCCCAACCUGGUGGCCGAACUCCGCAAUCUGUACAGCGCCGCCGAGUAUCCAUCACCUAGCCCGCCCUUCUCGGACCAUGUUGCGCAGCUCUUCGGUAAGCGGCGUGAAAUUGCAAAGCACCACUGGCAGAAGUAUCUGCAGGACUUGCACCCAUCUUUGGUCCCGCGGUCGGGUUCUGGUGAUCGCAGCGCUCGGAAACCAGGCGCCUUGGCCGUUGAGUUCAAAUCCGAUGAUGAGCUCAAGGUGCUUUGUGAGCAAAGCGGCUUCACAAUUCAGCAAAUUGUUCACGCAGCAUGGGCCAUGGUCGUCGGCUGGACCCUCCAGUCUGAGUCUGUAUGCUUCGGCUACUUGACACACGGUCGACACGCCAACAGCCAUCGGCUCGGCGGUGCCAUUGGCGGCUACUUCAACAUCCUCGCCACUGUUGCGAGCUGGGAUGCCGAGUCAACUUUCCGGUCCGUUCUUGAGGCAGUCCGCGAGGACGCCAUGGACAACUUGGAACUCCAGGACAUGCCCCAGGUCGAUGCGGCAGAGAGCCUGGGUAUCCAAUGGCCGCCUUUCAACACACUAAUCAAUUACGCCAAGUUCCCGGGCUCCAGUGAGGGAGAAGAGCCUAAGCUGAAGCUGGAACCAGUCUUUAGCCAAGGACUUUCUGAGUAUGACAUGAAUGUUGGUAUCCUCGAAGUCGAAGAGAAGCUCCACAUCUCCAUUGGCUUCUUUGACGAUGCUAUUGCGCCUGCGAUGGGUAAAGCGAUGGCGAAGCGAUUCGAGUUCAUUUUGCGGCAGAUGUGCUGUCACACUGAGGACAAUGUUCUUGAUGUGAUGCGUCGUGGGAAUGAGGUUACGGAGCUUGGAGAGCUCAAGGAGGAGUGA